AUGUGAGUAUUUAUAAUGUAGUCAAUAUUUUUGUUUUACAUUCAGUUUGAUUGAAAUUGUGGAGAAUGGCGCAUCGUUUUAUAUUUCUGUCCAUUUUAUGUGGACAUCUUUUGUAUUCCGUGAAUUGUUCGACACCUAUCCAAAGUAGCGCCAAGGUUGCGCCAUUUCUCACCUAUCUUUGCGAUGAUGAUUUAUUGAAAAGUGCGGUCAACAAGGUGGAGCACUUGAGCCUUAAAUUGGAAAAUUAUAAUUUACGCAUGCAAAGUGAAUUGAUAGCAAUGAAGGAGCAACUUCUACAUGAAGUAAAAACUAAUCUGGAAUUAUUUGAUUUGAAAACUACAACUAAGUGCAAUGAAGCCAAUAAAAACCUAGAAACAGUGUCCCCAGCAACGAAGAAGCCCUCAUCUUGUACUGAAGCGAUGCGUACGGAAAACGGCAAAUAUGCAGCGAGUGGCGUUUAUGAACUUUACUUACCUGCAUACCUCCAUAACGCAUUCCAUGUAUACUGCCUUCGAGACCCCAAUGGUGGCGAACCAUGGACUAUAAUUCAACGUCGUCAAAGCAAUGACACCGACUUCUAUCGUGGGUGGAUUGAGUAUGAACAGGGUUUCGGCGAUUUGAAUGCAAAUUUUUUCCUCGGCUUAGAAAAAAUACAUGCCCUGACACAUUCGCAACCACAUGAGCUUUGGUUUGAAUUAGAGGAUUUUCAAAAUGAGAAACGUGUCGCUAGUUAUGAGAGUUUCGCCAUUGGCAAUGCUCAGGAUAAAUAUGAAUUAAUUGCACUUGGGCAAUAUACAGGCACAGCCGGUGAUUCGUUCACAGCGCAUCGCGGCGAAAAAUUCACCACUAAAGAUAGUCAUAAUGACAAGCAUAGCGAGAACUGUGCAGUACUUUAUACGGGCGCUUGGUGGUAUCAGAAAUGUCAUUCCAGCAAUCUAAACGGCCUAUAUUUAGGAGGAGAAUUUCCAAAAGAUAAGUAUGCUAAAGGUAUGGUGUGGUAUGCCUGGCGUGGGCAUUAUUAUUCACUCAAAUACACACAUAUGGCUAUAAGACCAAAAUAUUAUAAUUGAAAUAUUUUCCAUAAUAAAUAAAUAUUUAUUUAUAUAAUAGUUAAAUGAAA